AUGAGUUUUAAAGGGUUUACCAAGGCCAUUACAAGGACGCCGCAAAAUUUCCGGCAAAAGUUCAACAUGGGCCAACAAACUUCGGACCCGGUGUACGAAGACGCGGAAAGACGGUUCAAAGAAUUGGAAGUGGAGACCAAGAAACUAAGUGACGAGUCGAAAAGGUAUUUCUCUGCGGUCAAUGGAAUGCUGAACCACCAAAUUGGGUUCGCCAAGGCGAUGGAAGAAAUUUUCAAGCCUAUUAGCGGGAAAGUGAGUGAUCCUAAUGCCACCAUUCCAGAGGACAAUCCCGAGGGUAUUGAGGCUAGCGAACAGUACCGGGCGCUGGUGGCAGAACUGCAGGUCACGCUGAAGCCAGACUUGGAAUUGAUCGAGGAGAAGAUCGUGAAUCCUUCGCAAGAGCUGUUGAAAGUCAUCGACUAUAUUCGGAAGAUGGCGACUAAACGGAACCACAAGAAGCUUGACCUGGACCGCCACUUGAAUACCUACACGAAGUAUGAAACUAAAAAGGAACCUACGCCCAAGGACGAGGAAAGAUUGUACAAGUCGCAGGCUCAGAUGGAAGUUGCCCAACAGGAAUACGAUUACUACAACGACAUGUUGAAAAACGAGCUUCCUUUACUUUUCCAGCUGGAGGCGGAGUUCGUCAAACCAUUGUUUGUCUCCUUUUACUACAUGCAGCUCAACAUUUUCUACAGUCUGUACAACCGCAUGCAAGACAUGAAAAUCCCAUACUUCGACCUCGACACCGACAUUUUGGAGGCCUUCACACUGAAGCGUGGCAAUAUUGAAGAGCAAACCGACUCGCUAACCAUCACAAGAUUUAAGGUUGGAUAUGGUAAAGCGAAAUUGGAGAUGACAAGAAGACGGUACGGCGCUCAAUCGCCCACUAGCCCGGCAUCCCCCAUCACUCCCCAGAGUACACAGUUUGGUACUGCGAGCACCACGGGAUCCGCCCCUCCACCAUACGGUCAAGGUGCUGUGGGGUACGGGCAGCAGCAGCAGACACCACAACAAUACCCAGCCGAAAAGGCCCAAUAUAUGGGGUCUCCUGUCGAGCAACAGCAGUAUUCUAAUGCAGCACCUGCAGCAGCUCCCGUGUCUCCAUAUCCCGCAUACACUCCGCCAACAAGUGCCCCAACUGCUGAAACGGUGACUGCAUUGUACGAUUACCAAGCGCAAGCCGAGGGCGACUUAACCUUUCCAGCGGGUGCAGUUAUCGAGGUUGUAGAGCGCACCAAUGACACAAACGGCUGGUGGACAGGUUUGUACAAUGGCUACCAAGGUGUAUUCCCUGCCAACUACGUUCAAUUGAAUAAAUGA